CGAGCCCCCUGACGCGCGUUCAGGAGAGCAGUGCCCACAACAAACGCGGACAGAAGGGCACGGGCUCCUGAAGCAAAAAAGCGGACUCUCAAUCAUUAUUUAAACGGGACACUCGUUUAAUCGCGUCCUUCAGGAUGGCAGAUGCUGAGGAUAAAACCAAUACCUGUGGGACAAUAUGCCUCAAAUACCUUCUGUUCAUCUUCAAUGUUUUCUUUUGGCUGGCAGGUGGCGCUGUGAUGGCGGUGGGAAUAUGGACUCUGGUGGAUAAAAGCGACUACAUCAGCCUGCUGUCCUCUAGCACCUACUCGGCCGCGGCCUUCAUCCUGAUUGGUGCAGGGGCCGUCGUGGUGCUGACCGGGAUGCUGGGCUGCUGCGCCACCAUCAGGGAGCAAAGAGGUCUUCUUAUAGUGUUCUUCGUCCUGUUGUUGUUGAUCUUCCUUCUAGAGAUCACAGCUGGAAUUCUGGCUUACGUCUAUUAUCAGGAGUGUUUUCCUCUCUGCUACCAGCUGAACACUGAGCUGAGAACAGAUCUGAAAGAGAGGAUGGUGCAAAACUACCAGCAGCCCGGACAAGAACACAUCACUCGAGCCAUCGACAACCUCCAGCAAGACCUGAAGUGCUGUGGCAGUAACAGCUCGGCAGACUGGAGGGAAGGGGCCUGGAGGCUUAACUUUGCUGGCAGACGCCUGGUGCCCGACAGCUGCUGUAAGACCCCCACCCCGGGCUGUGGAGUCAGAGACCACCCGUCCAACAUCUACAAAGUGGAGGGAGGCUGCAUAUCCAAACUAGAGGAGUUUAUUCUUCAGCAUCUGAUUGUUUUGGGCUCGGUGGGUCUCGGGAUUGCGUUCGUUCAGAUUGUGGGGAUGAUUUUUACCUGCUGCUUAUAUCAGAGUUUGAAAGAAGAAAUAUACUGAGAGAGAAGAUGGCAGUGAUUUCACACCAACGCCAAAAAAGCCUUCCUGCUGUCUGCAUUACUGUGUUACUGUUUGGUUUUUUUGUUGUGUUAUAAUUGUGUCAAAGUAACGCAGGAUGACAGCUCAAUAUAUCUUGGCUGCAGGACAGUCGUUCUGGAAAUGUAACUUAAAUUGCUUUGUUUUAAGCAAAGAUUUUUAGCGUAUUCAUAUAUAUAUAUAUAUAUAUAUUUUUUUUUUUUCAGUACAAAUAAAUCAGUGGAUUUGUUUUAUUUCUCAGUUUUACUCUGACAAAUGCCUUCGAAUACAUACAGAAUUUGUCAUUUAUAAUUAAUAAUACUGUCAAAUAAUUUAUCGCGAUUAAUUAAUUAAACAUUUUUAUU